ACCACAGAUUAUCUACCCCAAUAUUACAGCGACACAGCACAGCCUCUGCAGAGAUGGAGAUUCCUUGUCAAAGAGACAAUGAGGUUUAUCUCAGAAACAGGAGCAGCUGAGGAGGCGAUGCCGUUGUAAAAUAUGCAAGUAACAGCCAGGAUUUAUGUGCUCCCACCGAAGCCGCUCUGAUGCACAGUAAACUGAACCUCUGGAGGCAGCACUCGGCGAGACUAUCAUUCCAAUACCACUACUUGGCUGCUGUGCACAUCACAAAGUCCACUGCCUCUCUUGUCUUAACAGCAGCGCUACGUGUGUGUGUGUGUGCGUGCGUGUGUGUGUGUAUGUUUAUGUUUGUGUGUUCGUGUGCAUGUUGUACUUGUGUUCCUGUCCCAUCUCCCACAAAUUAGUGCAUUAGUAUGCAGGGCGUUUGUGUGUCAAUCUUGUGCGUGUGCAUAUGCGUGUCUGUGCUCCUCCGCAGUGCUAUUUCACAGCCACCUACAGAAAGUGACACCUACACGGAAUGCACAGAUGGUUAUCAUUGGGACCCUCAGACCGAGCACUGCAAAGACAUAAAUGAGUGUGAGACCAUUCCGGAUGCCUGCAAGGGGGAAAUGAAGUGCUUCAACCACUAUGGAGGGUACCUGUGUCUUCCCCGCUCUGCGUCAGUCAUCCCAGCCCCAGAGCCCCCUAUCACACCCACCGUGACCAACCCCUGCCCUUUGGGCUACGAGCCACAGGGAGACAGCUGUGUGGACAUCGAUGAGUGUGAGCGAGACGAACAUGACUGCCAGCCCAGCCAGGAGUGUAUCAACUCGCUGGGCGCCUUCACCUGUCAGUGUCCGGACGGUUACCGCAAGGUUGGCACAGAGUGCAUUGACAUCGAUGAGUGCAGGUACAGGUACUGCCAGCAUCGCUGUGUCAAUGUCCCCGGCUCCUUCUCAUGUCAGUGUGAACCUGGUUUCAAGCUGGCAGGAAACAACCGAUCUUGCAUUGAUGUGAAUGAAUGUGACAUGGGUGCCCCCUGCUCUCAGAGGUGUUACAACACAUACGGCACCUUCCUUUGCCGCUGUGACCAGGGCUAUGAGCUGGGACCUGAUGGCUUUGCCUGUAACGACAUUGAUGAGUGCAGCUACUCCACUUACCUGUGCCAGUACCAGUGUGUCAACGAACCAGGGAAGUUCUCCUGUGUGUGCCCAGAGGGAUACCAGCUGCAAGGCACCAGACUAUGCCAGGAUAUAAAUGAAUGCGAAACAGGUGAACAUCAGUGCACCGAGACACAGACCUGCGUGAAUAUUCACGGACGUUACCAGUGUGUGGACACAAACCGGUGCCAAGACCCUUAUGUAAAAGUGUCUGAGAAUCGCUGCGUGUGUCCUGUCAACAAGCCCAUCUGUCGAGAUCUGCCCUUCUCCAUCGUCCACCGCUACAUGAGCAUCACCUCGGAGCGCUCUGUCCCCUCAGACAUCUUCCAAAUCCAGGCCACCAGCGUCUCCCCGGGGGCGUACAACACCUUCCGCAUCCGCUCCGGUGACGAAAACGGAGACUUCUACAUCAGGCAAAUCAAUAAUAUCAGUGCCAUGCUGGUGCUGGCCCGCGCCGUGUCGGGGCCCAGAGAGUACACGUUGGACCUGGAGAUGGUGUCAGUUAACCCUCUGCUCAGCUACCAGGGCAGCUACCAGACCAGCUCCGCCCUCAGACUCUCCAUCUACGUCGGCCCGUACACCUUUUAACGAAGAAGAAGAAGAAGAAGAAGAGUGGAGGGAUACAGAGAGAGAGAGAGAGAGAGGGAAAUGCCAAAAAGAAAAUAAAGCUGCAAAACAAAAGUGGUCGAUGCAGUUCAACCAGUCACUGUGAUGUUACAUUCUUUUUGUUCUUAGUCGUCCAAAGAAGGCAACACAUUUCUACCCCCCCACCAUUUUACAUGUAAGAAUAUACGUACGAUACAGUAUACAAACACAUUAACGUGCCACAGGCAAAUAACAGCCUUAAAACGAUUAGUCCAGUCAAAUUUGCUCCCUUGUGUUUGAUAUGUCUGUUUUCCUGUUUCUUAGGAUUAUUUUGUACCUAACACCUCUCUGAUAACUCCGUUCUUUCCCUCCCUAAUGUCUUUCCCUCACACCUGCUCAAGGUGAUUACAAAUCUGUGUGGGAUAUUUUCUGUCUGCCUUCAUGUGGAGUGAUUCACGCCCAGCGUCACUAUCUUUGGUUCUGCUCUGUUUGUCACUUUGUUGGCCCUGUUUCCACUGACAGAAGUGAUUCAGUAACCACUCGGCUCAGACCCCGGCGUCCAGGAUCCUGGUUCAAGCUCCACUGUUCAUUCCUAUGUUCAAGCUCUCCCUCACUGCCUUGUGUAGGUCUGUUACAUUGCUGAUCAUGUUGUAUUUUUUUUUUUUUUUUUUUUGGUCUAAGAUUUAAACCCAAAUAAAACAAUAUACCUUUC